CUUUCUCUCUCCGGACUAUAAAUGACUCCAUCCUGUCGUUUAAAUGAUUCCAUCGGCAGCUCUUAAAAAGAAGAGGAAAAAGCUAUAUAAAUCCGAUUACAGGAGGGAGGGUGACCGGAAAAUGGCAGUUUAUACACGGAUCAAGCGGGUCACCGACCCGCUCGAUGACAGGGUGAAGGCCUGCAUCUGCGGGAGGGAUCACCGGACAACCGGCUACGCCAGCAGCGGCAGCGAGCACGAAGCCGAGGACUCGGCUUUCUUAUCCGAUCUCAUCCACGGUUUCUUAGAAGACGACGCCGGGGCACACCAGCCCGACGAUCCGGAAGAUUCCGACGGAGGCGAUCCGGGUCCGGAACCGACGGAGAUGAUCAAAGGGCUUCUUAAUCCAACGGUCGAUGAUCCGUUUCGGCUAUCGCUCAAGGCGCAGGUCACAAAAGCAUUGGACGCCUUCUCCGGUGUGGUGUCAGACGGAUCGCUCCUCCGGCGGGCGGUGAUGGGAUUUUUGAGGGAUUCCGGCUACAAUGCAGGCAUCUGCAAGACGAGAUGGGAGAGCUCCGGCGGACUGACCGGCGGAAGCUACGAGUUCAUCGAUGCGGUCAAGUGGGACGGCGCCACGUGGCAGAGGUACCUGAUCGACGUCGGUUUCGCCGGCCAGUUCGAGAUCGCGCGGCCGACGGAGCGGUACGCACGGCUUCUGCAAGCGCUGCCGAGGGUCUACGUGGGGAGAUCUGAGGAGCUGAGACAGAUUGUACGGCUGGUAUCAGAUGCGGCAAGGAAAUCAAUCAAGAGCCGGGGGCUACACCUGCCGCCGUGGAGGAAGAACCGUUACAUGCAGGCCAAGUGGCUGGGUCCGUACAGACGAACGUUAAAUCCCGUGAUGGGGAAGACGGACUGCGAUCGGUUCGCCGUUAAGUCUCGGUCAGUGGGUUUUAACGCCGUUACGGACACGUUACCCGUGAAGGGGAAAGGAGGCUGCUUUCUUCUCUGUGAAAAUUGAUAUUUACACCCAGUUUUUUCUUAUAAAUACAACCCUUCUUCUACA